CAAAAAAAUACAAUUCUUCCUCAUUCCACAGACGCGAUGAAUGACAUGCUGACAUUUCGCUUUCAACAAACACAAAGGAUUACUUUACUCAUUGAGUAAUGUAAUUUUAUGGACUGUACUUUUCCUCAUGUCAUGACUUUGGACUAGUGACUGACUUUAAAUAGGCGGGGUGUGAACAUACGCUACAUAAAAACAACAGGUAACGAUGUAAAGACCAGUAGCGUCACUGGUGGAUGGCGAAAGUCCUUCAAAAUGGGCAACUGGAUAAUUAACCAUGGACUGUCAUCCUUCAUACUGGUGGUCUGGAUGGCCAUCAAUAUAUUCCUGUUCCUCUGGUUCUAUUUCUUCUACGACUUGGGGGAUCAGUUUUUCUACACGCGCCACAUUUUAGGGUCUGCAUUGGCCUGGGCCAGAGCCCCGGCAGCCGUCCUCAACUUCAACUGCCUGCUGAUUCUGCUGCCCGUGUGUCGUAACCUGCUGUCUCUCAUUCGAGGCUCCUUCAUGUGCUGUGGGCGAACUAUGAGAAAACAGCUGGACAAAAAUAUCAGUUUCCACAAGCUGGUGGCCUACAUGAUUGGGCUGAUGACAGCUGUUCACACCAUUGCCCAUUUUCUGAAUGUGGAGUGGUACUAUAAUAGCAGGCUUGGGAAGUAUGAUGACCUCAGCAUGGCCCUUUCCAGCCUGGAUGACUCAGGAAACACCACCUUCCUGAACCCAAUCCGUUCUACAACCACUACACCGACUCUCCUGGUGUUCACCAGCGUCGCGGGGAUCACAGGCGUAAUCAUCACGCUGUCACUCAUCCUCAUAAUCACCUCAUCCAUGGAGGUCAUCAGGCGCAGCUACUUCGAGGUCUUCUGGUUCACACACCACCUUUUCAUCGUCUUCUUCGCUGGGCUAGUCAUCCAUGGAGCCGGACGCAUCGUGCGAAGUCAGACCACCACCAAUCCACCACAUAAUGCCACCUUCUGUAAAGAUCGAAUAGAUGACUGGGGGGAGAUUAAGGAGUGUCCCGUUCCCCAGUUUGCAGGGGGGUUCCCACAGACCUGGAUGUGGGUGAUCGGUCCCAUGAUCCUCUACGUGUGCGAGCGCUUGCUGCGCUUCAUCCGCUACAUGCAGACCGUCAAAUACAGAAAGAUAGUUAUUCGACCAUCCAAAGUGUUGGAGCUGCAGCUGGUGAAGAACGGUUUCAAGAUGGACGUGGGUCAGUAUGUCUUCCUCAACUGCCCAGCCAUCUCCCAGCUGGAGUGGCACCCCUUCACCAUGACCUCGGCCCCCGAGGAGGACUUCUUCAGUGUGCACAUCCGCUCCGUGGGCGACUGGACCCAGAAACUCAUCAGCAUUGUGGAGCAGCUUCCUGAGGGGGCUGAGGGACCCAAAAUGGGUGUAGAUGGACCAUUUGGUACGGCCAGUGAGGAUGUGUUUGACUACGAGGUUGCCAUGCUGGUUGGCGCUGGCAUUGGAGUCACCCCCUUUGCCUCCAUCCUCAAGUCCAUCUGGUACAAAUUCAAAGACUCCAACCCAAAGCUACGCACCAGAAAGAUCUACUUCUAUUGGUUGUGCAGAGAGACGCAUGCCUUUGAGUGGUUUGCAGAUCUGCUGCAGCUGCUGGAGAGGGAGAUGGAGGAAAGAGGCAUGGGAAGCUUCCUCACCUACAAACUCUACCUCACUGGGUGGGAUCAGAGCCAUGCAAACCAUGUGAUGGUUCAUGCCGAUGCGGACACAGAUGUGGUCACUGGUUUGAAGCAGAAAACCAACUAUGGCAGGCCCAACUGGGAUAAGGAGUUUGAACAAGUACGCAAAGAGAAUCCGACGUCAGUGGUGGGCACAUUCUUGUGUGGCCCUGCAGUCUUAGCUACUGUCUUGUCAAAGAAAUGUGUCAAAUAUACGGAUGUCGAUCCCCGAAAGACCAAAUUCUACUUCAACAAGGAGAACUUCUGAGCAAAACAAUGUUUUAUCUGCUCCUCUUGAAGAAAAGCUGGAUCUUUGGUUUUCCAAAAUAUUGGCAACAGAGAUUUUUUUUAGACCAUUCAUCUGAACACAAUGGACGAUGACCGAUCCUAAUAUUUAUUUCACAUAGAAUUCAGCUCCAUCUUUACCACGUAUCUUGUCGGCAUUCAUAUUUUAUUAUAGGAAUUACUUAGGCAGCAACUGAGCAAGAGACAUUCAACUUUGACCAGGUUGUUGCGACCAUUGUCAUGAUAACCUGGUGCAGCAGGCAGCAUUGAGCUCGCCAGUUUGUAGUGUAAGCAUCCGCUUGGCAUUUCCACGCCCAGUGGCUAGCAGUGGGAGAAGAUGGAAUGAGAUGGAUUUUGUCCAAAAUUCUCUUGCAUUUUCACAUCGAUGAAACAUUUGAUCUCAACACAGUUUUAUGUUCCAAAAAGAUAAUCUGUUACGAACUGAGUGGACUAAGUUUAGUAGAUUUUACCCUUUGCCAAAGUUGUAAAAAAUGGUGUUGUUUAGAAGGAGGACAAAGGUGAAUUGAGUUAUUGCACAUACGCACUUCAGAGUAGGCGUUCCCUAACGGAAAUAUGCAAAUGUUUGUUAGAACGCACCAAUAGGAUCUCACUAGCUCGUGCUUGGCUCUGCCCACCUCCUUCCUUGUUCUGCCCACUAUGACUAAUUUGUUCCACCCACUAUGACUAAUUUGUUCCCAUUGGAAAUGACAGGCUGUGGUCCAUCUUGGGUUAGUUUAAAAAAUCUUUGUUAAACUUCUGGUUCAUUCAGUCAUUCCUAUGGGCGAAAUUAAUGGAGAAAGAAUAUGGUUUUGGGAUAAAUGCCAAAAAUGAGUUUUGAGGUUAACACAGGCUUAGAAGAUCUUAUACAUUUUGUUCUAUGAUAUUAUCAGUCCGUUAACAUGACCUUUAUGCAUCUUGCAGCCUUAAUGUGCUUUGUCGUAAUUUUUGUUAUUACAUAAAUGCUUCAAAAUUCACAAAAACGUAUGUUUGCUGAUGAAGGUUAUCUCAUAGAACAAAAUGUAUAAGAUCUCAUAAGCCUGUGUUUACCACAGACCUUAUUUUCAACAUUUAUCCCCCCCAAAACAUUUCCCCAUGGGUGUUGGCCAACGAGCCAUGGUGGACUCAGCCUCUGUUAAUGCCUACAAAAGACACCACUACUAUUGAUCCAUUUCUAAAUUUCUCCAAUAGGACAAACUGCAGUCCACUGCUUUCAUUUGUUCACAUUCACAAUCAGCGGUGGUGGAAAAGGUACCCAAUUGUCAUACUUGAGUAAAAGUAAAGAUAUCUUAAUUAAUAGAAAAUGGCUUGAGUAAAAGUUAAAGUAUUUGGUUUUAAAUAUACUUAAAUAUCAAAAGUAAAUGUAAUUGUGAAAAUAUACUUAAGUAUAAAAAAGUAUACAUUUCAAAUUCCUUAUAUUAAGCAAACCAUUGUUUUUUUAUUUUAAUUUACGGCUAGCUACGGCCACGCUCCAAUACUCAGACAUCAUUUACAAAUGAAGCAUGUGUUUAGUGAGUCCGCCAGAUCACAGGCAGUAGGAAUGACCAGGGAUGUUCUCUUGAUAAGUGUGUGAAUUAGACCAUUUUCCUGUCCUGCUAAGCAUUCAAAAUGUAACGUGUACUUUUGGGUGUCAGGGAAAAUGUAUGGAGUAAAAAGUACAUAAUUGUCAUUAGGAUUGUAGUGAAGUAAAACUGGUCAAAAAUAUAAAUAGUAAAGUAAAGAUACCCUAAAAAAUACUUGAAAGUACUACACACCACUGACAAACAGUAAGUUAGAAGCUCGCCAUACUUGUAAAUAAUUACCUUGUAAUGUGUUAAAUUUUCCUGUUAUGGUUAAUAAAAAGUUGGCUACAGUUGAACACAAAACGUCA